AUGGAUCCAAAAUUACUAAAGAUUAUUCAACUAAUCGAAUCCAAGAAAAAGUCCUCUCAUCCAUGGGAGCGACAGAAACGCUUUGAACAGCCGUACUAUUCGUAUGCGACCCAGGAGAAGACAUGGAAGGAGACUUCAGCCAAUGUCACGACAAAAGCAUCACAGCCGACAUCGAAGGUUUCAAUAUUGUCCUGGAACAUUGAUUUCAUGCUUCCGUUCACGGAUGAGAGAAUGGUGGUUGCAUUGAAACACUUGGAGUCGCAUGUCAGGGCCAGUUCAAACCCGACCAUCAUUAUGCUUCAGGAGAUGCUGGUGUCGGAUUUAGAGUUGAUUAAAACCCAGCCAUGGGUGACGUCGGCUUACAACAUCACGGACGUGGAUGACAGACACUGGGAGAGCGGACACUACGGAACAGUGACUCUCAUACCACAAUCUCUACCCAUCACCUCGGUCUUCCGGGUUCACUAUGAGCAGACCGUGAUGGAGCGAGAUGGUCUUUUCGUAGAUGUUGAUGUCGGAAACGGGCAGACCAUUAGAGUCUGCAACACUCAUCUCGAAUCAUUGGUUGCCGACCCUCCCAAGCGGCCGCAUCAGCUCGCCACCGCAGCAGAGCAUAUGCAUGACCCUGUCAUUAGUGGCAGUGUGCUGGGAGGUGACUUGAAUGCCAUACAGCCAUUCGAUCGAACCCUUCAUUCGGACAACAAUCUUCAGGAUGCCUAUCUCGCCCUAGGCGGAAAGGAAGACAGCAAUGACGGCUAUACGUGGGGCCAAAUGGCUCAGGUCAAACUGAGAAAUAUGUUCGGAUGCAGCAGAAUGGAUAAAAUAUUCUUUGUUGGGAAUUUGAAAAUCGAGAGUUUUGAAAGAAUCGGAGCAGGUGUGGAGGUCGAGGAUCAGAGUGUGAAGGACAGCCUGAUCAAGGAGGAAGGCUUAGAUGGUGGGUACGUGACCGAUCAUCUAGGGGUGAAGGCGGAUUUUAGUAUUAUCCCCGUGGGCUCCUCUGGUUCAAAGAUCUAA